AGACUAGACAACAAUCUAUAUACAUUAAGGGUUAUACUUGAAAGAAGGAAACAACGUUCCGAAAGAGCAACAUAUCUUAACCUAGUACAAUUUUUAGAAAAACGUUGGAAACCAUUAUCAUAUACAAGGAUUUAAUAGAUAUUCAACAAAAUCAUGCCUACACUUCCGCCAGGAUUAGCCUCUAGCUCAACGUCACUGCUGGAACCAUGGGACGAAAUGAGUAAGUUUGGUUUGAAGGGCCUUUCUUCACUCACCAAUAUGGAACAAAAUGAUCAAACUUCGUUUGCUAUCGGUCAGGAUAUAAAUUUAUUAGGAUUAGACCUAUCAAAAGACUCAAAAAUCUUACAGAACUUGCCCUCCCCGUGGGCUGAAACUUCUCGUUCAGAGGUGGAACCUUAUUAUUCAUUGCCUGCCUCUAUUCGUGCGGAAAACAUCAUACCAACACCUGAACCAUGUGAUAAUAAAAUCCAAUCAUUUUCCGAUGAAACGCUAUUCUACAUCUUCUACAUGAAGCCAAGAGAUACAUUGCAGGAGUAUGCUGCCCGAGAGCUCGUGGCAAGAAACUGGAGAUAUCAUAAGGACAUCCAAGUGUGGCUCACAAAGGAUAGUAAUGUUGAGCCUGUAUUAAUAAGUCAAGAUGUGGAAAAGGGUGUAUAUAUCUUCUUCGAUCCACACAACUGGGAGAAGAUCAAGAAGGAAUUUGUGCUACAUUAUUCAUCCGUUCAAGCUUAG